AUGCCUCACCCCGUCUCGCCGCCGUCGGGCCUCCCGACUGUGGUUUCGAAAGACGCCCCUCCCCCGCCGUCACAGGAAGAUGUCGCCGCCUUUCUCAACACAAUCUUCACUGCUCAGACAUCCUCUGCGUCCAUAGAUGCCUGCUACGGCCUCUGCGAAGUCCUCCUCAACUCGGUCGGGUCUACCGGCCUGGUCACAUACGGCGUCCUAGCAGAGGUCAAGAAGGCGGCUGCUGAUAAGAAGAGCGGGCUCCGGAGAGAGAGCAGCCAGAACCUGCUGGGCGCCAUCUUUGAGCGCUUCCCCCCGAGGGAGUCCCUGAGCGAGGUUGUGCUGCUGGUUCAGGAUGCCAGCACCGUGGCCUGUGCCCUGGACGCCUUGUCAGAUAAGGGCUCCGUUGUCCGCGAGGCUGCCCAAUAUGGCCUUGACGCACUCUUCUCCAACCUCAGCGCCGAGGCCCUGGUUGUUGGACUGCUGCCCGUGUUGACGCAGUAUCUGGAGAAGAAGACGGGCAAGUGGCAGGGCACCGUGGGAGCCUACCAGUUGCUGCAGAAGAUGGCCGACAAGUCCCAGAUGGUCGUGGGCAUUACCAAGGAGGAGGCUGCCGAGAAGGAUGUGCUUCGCGAGGCCAUGGGUGCCAAGCUCGCCGCCUUGAUCCCCAUCGUCGAGGGCGGCAUGCACGACUUGAAGACCGAGGUCGAGAAGCAGGCUGUUAAGACGAUGAACUCGCUCACGACCCUCUUGUCCAACGACGAUGUUGCUCCUCGGAUUCCCCUGCUCGUCGAUACUAUGCAACACCCGUCUCCUCAGACGCUCCAGAAGGCUAUUCACGCCCUGUCAAUGACUACAUUUGUGGCCAUUGUCACAUCCCCCGUGUUGGCUCUGCUGACCCCUUUCCUCGAGCGAUCUCUCAACACCCCCACCACGCCACAAGAGGUCCUCCGCCAGACCGUCGUCAUUGUCGAGAACUUGACUAAGCUUGUCCAUGAUCCUAUCGAGGCUCGAACUUUCCUUCCCAAGCUGACACCUGGUGUUAAGGCUGUCUGCGACCGCGCCUCUCUUCCAGAGGUUCGCGAGAUUGCAGAGAGAGCCCUUGCCACCAUGGAGAAGGCCAUGGGCAACGACAAGGACAUUAUUGCGAAAACCAAAGCCGAUGACGUUGUCAAGAUUCUUGAUGAGGAGGUCAAGAAGCACAAUGCGAUUUUGCUGCAGUUUGAGAUUUACCAGAUUGCUAAGAACUACAUCGGCGAGAUGGUCGCCACUGAUGUCAACUACCGCUUCGUUCAGCGAAUCUCUGCCAAGAUUGCUCCCUACCUGAAGAACCUGCUGCCUGUUGCCGACGCCUAUCAGCAAGUAGCCGAUGCUAUUCAGCAACACUACGUGGAGGAAGAUGAACGCCGCUACGGUGUCCCGGAGAAGGAGGAUGAUGGCGAGGUCGAGAUUGUCAACGCGGAUUUCUCUCUGGCUUACGGUGGUAUGCUGCUGCUUUCUCACACCAAUCUGCGACUUCUCAAGGGUCACAGAUAUGGUCUUUGCGGCCGCAACGGUGCUGGAAAGUCUACCCUCAUGAAGGCCAUCGCCGGUGGUAAGCUGGAGGGUUUCCCUCCUCAGGAUGUCCUCCGCACAUACUACGUCGAGCACAACCAGGGAGAAGAUGCCGACAUCAGCAUUCUCGAGUUUGUUGCCAAGGACCCUGAAAUUGGUCCUCAGGGAAAUGACCAUAUCUCCAAGGUUUUGCUGGAAUUCGGCUUUACUGAUGGCCCCGAGGGUCGCCAGUCUCAGGCCGUCGGCUCGCUCUCUGGUGGUUGGAAGAUGAAGCUCGCUUUGGCCCGAGCCAUGCUGAAGGGUGCCGAUGUCCUCUUGUUGGACGAACCUACUAACCACUUGGAUGUUGCAAACAUUGCCUGGCUUGAAAACUAUCUCAAGACACACCCCGACAUCACCAGUUUGAUCGUGUCCCACGACUCUGGCUUCCUGGACAACGUCACCACUGACAUCUACCAUUAUGAGCCCAACAAGAAGCUCGCUUGUUACAAGGGCAACCUUGCAGCCUUUGUUGAACUUCGCCCUGAGGCUAAGAGCUACUACACCCUCUCGGCAUCCAACGUCCAGUUCAAAUUCCCUCCCCCUGGUAUCUUGACUGGUAUCAAGUCUCAGACCCGUGCCAUCAUCCGUAUGAGCAACGUCUCCUUCACCUACCCCAAGGCUCCCAAGCCUUCACUGCAAGACGUCUCUUGCUCUCUGUCUUUGUCUUCUCGAGUGGCUAUCAUUGGACCCAACGGUGCCGGCAAGUCUACUUUGAUCAAGUUACUCACCGGUGAGACCAUUCCUACGGUCGGCAAGGUUGAGAAGCACCCCAACCUUCGAAUUGGUUACAUCAAGCAGCACGCCCUGGAGCACGUUGAGAUGCAUCUUGAGAAGACUCCCAACCAGUAUCUGCAGUGGCGAUACCAGCACGGUGACGAUCGUGAAGUUCACAUGAAGCAGACUCGUGCUUUGUCGGAGCAGGAUCGUGAGCAGAUGGACAAAUUUAUCGACCUCAAGGACGGCAAGCCUGCUAAGCAAAUUGAAUCGCUUGUUGGUCGUCAAAAGUACAAGAAGACGUUUCAAUAUGAAGUUAAAUGGCGUGCAACCCUGCCCAAGUACAACACUAUGAUCUCUCGUGAGACUCUUCUCGAGCUUGGUUUCGAUAAGCUGGUGCAGGAGUUUGAUGAUCACGAGGCGUCUCGUGAAGGUCUUGGAUACCGUGAGCUUCAGCCAUCCGUCAUCUCCAAGCACUUUGAGGAUCUCGGCCUGGACCCUGAUAUCGCCAACCACAAUGAGAUUGGUUCGCUGUCCGGUGGUCAGAAGGUCAAGGUUGUCAUUGCCGGUGCCAUGUGGAACAACCCUCACUUGUUGGUUCUGGACGAGCCUACCAACUUCUUGGACCGAGACUCUCUUGGAGGUCUGGCCGUCGCUAUUCGAGAGUUCAAGGGAGGUGUCAUCCUGAUUUCCCACAACGAAGAGUUCGUUGGAGCUCUUUGCUCUGAGCAGUGGCACGUCGACAAUGGACGAGUCGCCCAGCGCGGAACUGCCGCUGUCGAUCUUGGCCGUUUCGAAGACAGCCGCCCUGGAAGCGGUGUCACCAGCACCGCAGUCAGCACCGCAGCCAACUCCGUCGUGAGCAGCGCUGUCAACUCUGGCGUCGAGGACAACGGCGAACUCAAGUUCAAGGCUAGAAAGAAGAAGAAGAUGACCAAGAAGGAGGUCAAGGAGCGCGAGGUCCGUCGCCGUCUGAGACACAUUGAGUGGCUCAACAGCCCCAAGGGGACUCCUCACCCCCCUGACACCGAUGAUGAUGAGUAA